ACUGGGAGAGGUGAAGUUCAGUGUUGGCAUUAAGUUGGAGGUUGAUGGCAAACAAGUUUCUCCACUGUAGAAAUUGGGAGUCUGUCCACAUUAAAUCCACUAACCACCAUAAGUACCUGCAUUUUGACAGCUGUCAUCCCGUCUGCACCAAGAAACCCCUCCUAUACAGCCUAGACACCCAUGAGCGACAUGUCUGCAGUGAUGAGAAUUCCCUUGCCCAGUUCGCUGAAGGCCUCACAAGAGCUUCACAGACAGCUAAUACCCUCCAAACCCAAACCUAGCCUACAAACAGACUUCCCAUGCCGAACCCUCACACAACCCAAUCCUCCCAAUCAGCUACAAAGGAGCACCCCGCCGUCACCCUCUAUCACUCUGGACUGGAACAGCUGAAGUGCAUCCUUCACCAGGGCUUUGUUUCUCUCUCAUCUUGCCCUGAAAUGGGAGACAUCCUAUCCAAGAUCCUUCCCACCUCUCUUAAAAUGUUGUCCCAUCACCCACCCAACCUAAACAACAUUCUAGUCCAUACUUAUACCACUCCCAUUCCCAACUCCAAGCCACAGGAUUAUCCUUCACCAUCAAAGGCCAAGCUACCAAUGAAAGCAGCUGUGUCGUAUACCAAAUCUGCAGCAAAAACUGCACAGUUUGCUAUGUUGACUACCAGCCAGCUGUCCACCAAGAUGAAUGGCCACUGCCAAACUGUUGGCAAGAACAAAGUUGACCAUCUUGUUGCUCAACAAAGAGCUGAACAUAACAAGCUCAGUUUUAAUGGAUGCUUAACCUAUUUGUAUUCUUCCCUCCACCACCAGCUUCUCUCAGAUAUGCAGAUGGGAAUUAUCCUUACAACACAUCCUCUGUUACUGUAAUCAUCCUGGUGUCAGUCUGUUACCUCACUGUCUCCACACCCUCCACUCAAAAGUUUCCCCUUCCAUCAUCCUGUCAACUCCUCCCACAUGCACAUCCCCAUGUUAUCUUCAAUGUGUGCUGCUGCCCACUGGCCACUACAAUCAUGCUAGUCCAUAUACCUGGCACCUCUCCCUCCCUCCUGCAUUCCAAAAUGACAAACCGGCCUUCUCCCAGCUCCUGUCCCUCUCCCUGCCUUCUGCCUCCCUCUCCGUCUACCCGAACCUCUACAACCUGUCCACCUGUUGAAAAAUAUCAUAGGCAUGUUAGUUCUGGUGGCAGCGCUUAAGGGCAUAGGUGUGUCUUAGGAUAACUCUGAAAGCUAGCAAGUUUUCUUUUUUAAUGUGUGCCUAUCGACAGCAAAUGCUUUUACUUUUUAGUAAGUGGUGUCUUUCAAUCCAAAAAUAUGAACAUUGACAUAGUUAGAGAUAGUGAAAGAAUGUCUAAGUACUGUGUAAAAUCCAAGAUGGACUGUAACAAUAUUAUGAGAAAGAGUGUUGCUACUCACCAUAUAACGGAGAUGCUGAUUUGCAGAUAGGCACAACAAAAAGCCUGUCACAAAGUGAGCUUUCAGCCAACUAGGCCUUAGUUAGAAAUACAGAAAACACACACACUCACGCAAAGACAUCUCACACACACGACCACAUUUUCUGACUGCUGAAGCCUGGCUGUAUUUUAUGUGACAAAUAAUGUUAGUACUUAUAUGUUUUAUUUACUCUUAAGAACUAUACUUAAUGUACUUU